UCGCCUCAGGCUCGUAGCCAUGGCCGUGCGAGGCCACCGCCGGCCCUCCUUGAUCGCAAUUGGCAGAUCUGUGGAAUCCACUACCACGUGGAACGAGUCGUCCGGGAGCGGCGGCUCCAUGGCAAGCGCCAGCUGCUCGUGAAGUGGAGGGGUUACCCUGAGUCGGAUAACUCGUGGGAGCCCGUUGAGCAGCUUCAGGCAGACUGCCCGAAGGCUGUUGCGAUAUGGGACGAGAAGCAGCGGCAGCUUCGUAAGUAG